AUGGUCGAGCCGUGGGAACAAUGGGACCGAGCCAUGGAUCCACGCCCUGAGCGACGCCCUUCGCGACGGCGCGGCCCCAUGCCCGUGAACUCCAGGUGGUUGCGACGCAUCUUUCCACUCACGGAAGACGUUGAAGAAUCGAUGCAAGCACUGAAACUCGUCUCAGAGGCUGGUCUUAAUGAAUCCAAACCGAUCGAUGCUAGUUCGGCUGAAGGAGGCGAAGGAGGGACUGAAGGAGGGCCUCGAUCGUGGCAGAAGCUUCAGGUUUCCUGGGCUAAGCUCCUGAAGCAGGCCCAUCGGAAGUGUGCAGGGGCUGUGAUGACAGAACUGGGCCCAGUGAAGCUGGAACCGAUAUAUCCGGACGUCCAAGUGCAGGAAGAGUUCUUGUCGGCUCAAAAGAAGUAUCAGGGUGUGACUACCUACACCUAUCACGGUACCAAGCAAGGGAACAUUCGCUCCAUUGCUCACCAGGGCCUUUUGCUGCCUGGUGUUGGAGGACAUACUGUGAAGAACGGAUCUACUCAUGGUCUUGGCGUUUACACCGCUCGCUUGGGUUCUGCUGGACUAUCAAAAGCCUUUUGCGAUUCCGACCAGAUGUUCCUCUGCGGGGUGUGCGACCCAAGUCUCCCCGUGGAGGAGAUGGAUGCCAUGUGGGAGCCCUCAAGCACCAUGGUGCAAACGCACUUUCCAAGGCGUCCAGUUGUGCCACGUGGUGGGCGCGCAACAACGCGCCAUGCACUUCGCCAAAGCUGCGAUGAGGUGAUACAUGUGGGUGAUGCUGUGGUGAGUUUCAAGCAGAAUUUGGUGGUUCCGUUGUUCUUGAUCUCCGGCAAUGGCUCUGAGAUGGAGCGAGCUGGUUCCUUCCGACUUGUUCUGAAGCAUCACGCUUGGAUUUCAGAGGAGGAGGAUGUGGAGUGGGCUCCUCCUCAGCAGGUGGCAACCCGACAGCUGGCACUGCCUGAAUCAGGGAAGCUGGUGAAGUUUGGUCACUGCGGAUCUGGUCGAACCGUUUGGUUGGUCCAAGAUCCCUGGAGCUCUGCCAACCCGAAGGAAAGGUCCUUGAAACGCCGCCGCUUGGCCCGAGAAAGAGACCGGAUGCUGAAGUGGGCGCGAGACCACAAGCGUUUGAUCCGUUUAGAGCAGUAA